AUGUUCCAAUUCCUGCGGUGGAUUGUGGAAACCCAGGCAUGGGUGGUCAAGGAGCACAGCGGUGGCCUGGAGAAGUGCAAGGCCGCAGGCAGCAUCACCGCACGCCUGGUGCUUAUUUGGGCACCCAUCAUGUGCUUCCCUCAGUGGGUCGGCGGUCUCUUCUUCGGAGCUCUCUAUGGCAGCCGGGAAGCUUUCGCGAUCUUCGGCGCUCGCAUGGCCGCCAUGUGCAUCGUGCGGAAAAUGGAUGCCCACAUCCCCUGCACUCGUGCCCUUGGCCUCUGCCAUCUCCUGACUUUCGGGCCCAUCCUGCCCUGGCUGGCCAGCCGCCCCAUGUCUGGCGAUCGAGUUCUGGACGCAUUUCUGAGCUUUGAAGUCCGGGUCAUCAGCCUCUGCCUCUUCCUGGACGCACGAGACCUGCUCCUCCACUGUUUGGGCUUCCCGUUCCCUUGCUACAUCCGCGAGGGCGUCCGCGGAGGAAAGCUGGACAUCGCAGACACGCGUGCAAAGCUGCCGGUGACCUUGCGAUCCUGCCUCCUGGGGCCAUAA